AUGCCUUUAAGAGAAACUAAUUAAUGCUUUCUAAUAAAGAAAGAAUCUGGUGGAAAGAAUGAAACGCAAGUAUUGGGAAUCAUACAUAACAGUUAUCAAACCCAUUACAAGAAUUCAAAUAUUUCUUUUAUUUCUUUUUCUGCAUCAAAUAUCUAUGGCAACCUCAUCUUCUACCACAAACAACAACGGAGAGAAACAAAUAGAACAUGAUCAAAAUGUUCUACAGAAACACGUUGCAUUCUUCGACAGGAAUCAUGAUGGCAUCGUCUACCCAUGGGAAACAUUUCAAGGAUUUCGAGCAAUAGGUUGUGGAAUUAUACUGUCAAGUUUUGCAGCUAUUUUCAUAAACUUUGGUCUUAGCCAGAAAACUCGCCCGGGAAAGUUUCCAUCUAUAUUUCUACCAGUAGAAAUUAAAAACAUAACAAAAGCAAAACAUGGAAGUGACUCUGGUGUCUAUGAUAACGAAGGAAGGUUUGUUCCUUCAAUAUUUGAAGAAAUUUUCAGCAAGCAUGCAAGAAAACACCCAAGUGCUUUAACUUCUGAUGAAUUGAUGGGGCUGUUGAAGGCCAAUAGAGAGCCUAAGGAUUACAAAGGAUGGCUUGCUAGUUACUCGGAAUGGAAGAUCUUGCAUGUUCUUUGCAAAGAUAAGGAUGGUUUACUACACAAAGAAACCAUUCGUGGUGUUUAUGAUGGGAGCCUUUUUGAACGUAUGGAAAAGGAGCACUCAGAAAAGAAGAAAAAUAAAUAAAUAUCGACUAUUCGCAUUGUGAAAUUAGGAUUUAUGUGUCUAUUUGAAUUUCUAUUUGUGUUUCUUCAAGGUAUGGGGGUAUGUUGUGUGAGUGUGGAUCUUAAGGAUUGAUGUUUGAGUUCUACUUGUUACAUUUUAUGUUGUGCAUAGAUAAUUUGAUCAUGUUUUUACUUUUACUCUCCAAA